GCAUUACGUGCCUCUUACACAUCACAGUGCUCACUGUCUGUGCUCACGUUCUUACUCACUGAAUGACUCACUGAAGAAUAGACUUCUUGACACAAGCUGAAGGAUUGCUAGUAAUACGUCUUUGGCCAAUUACCCCAGUCCUGUUUAGUGUGCAGGCGUGAUCAUGCAGGUGCAACAGAAGAUCACCAUGCAUGCCUUGUGAAGAGAUGUACAUGUACGUACAUGUGAUGCUGCAUUCCAUGUAAGCCCACACGCAUCCCGUUUUACCAAAUGUACAUGCCAUAUGUACAUGUACUGUAUGUGCUGUGCGUGAGUUUAUCAUAAAUUGUGGGUCUGCAGCAAUCGUACACAGACAUUUUGUCCAGUUUACAACCAUGGAUUUGCAUGUGCUACGACAGUAUGUUGUUGCCGAUCCACACAUGGCACCUGACCAUUUCUUCACGGCUCCAUUUGAAAUGGACAAUGACAACUUUGGAGGAUCCACAAGCAAGUUCCAGCAUUUCAUGCAGAGGUCUCAUUCAGUGGGCACUGGCUUGUCUCACUACUCUGAGGAAGGUCGACACCAUGAGGAUGAGGGACGGAGAUCCAUGUUUGGCCAAAUGUCCCCGCAAGGUGCCAGUAUUGACACCAAGAUGUCAGCCAAUUUUGGUGGGAUGAAAAUAUCACCUUCCAAUGAUGUGAACUCUAACAUCCAGGGCAUGCAGUUUUAUCCCGGUGCCCGCAAUACGGGCAGCAUCAAGGAGUUCACCCCUCGCGCCAAUGCCAAUCCAAGCACCAACUCAGCCGAGUUCCUGCCCAAUGUUCGGAAUGCUGACUUCAAGCAGGGCGGUACCCAAGCCAACGAUCUUAUCUCUAAGAUCCCAGAAUUUGUGCCAAGGUCCCUAGCCCAGCCGGGCAAUGGAAUGAUGAAUGAUACCAGUGGGAUGAGGGGGACAAAUAACAACUCAGCAACACUGGUGCCCCAUAGCUCUGGUGGCAUGAAUGACCACUACAAUUCAGGUUCCCUUUCAGCUGGUGCCUCACCUCAUCAAUCCCCCGGCAACUCUCCAUCCAUGAGAAGGAAAGGUCAGCCCCCUCCCCUGGACAUCAGCGCAGCUCAGGCUAACUUCCCCGGUGCCAUGGUGCAGGAGAACAUUGGUGGCACCACAUACUUCUACACAGAGGACCAGGUCCAUCCUGCCAUGCCAAGAGCUGUGUAUCCCAACUUCCAUGUCUACCAGUCCAUGCCUGCCCACGUGGCUUACAUGAAGCCCAAACCCAAUGCUCCAUCAUUCUUCGUUGGCGAGGAAUUGAAGAUAGAUAUAUACAACAGGCAGGCAGUGUCUAUGGCACAGGUGGACCCAACUGAGAACCCAGACAUUCCACAGGAAGUAGACAAGUAUCACACUCUGUUCCCACUGGAACCGCCCCCUAAGAGCCCCAUGGAGAAAUCAAGUACUUUUGGCUACACCACCACGUGCUACAAAGCCAUCAACAAAAAGGACAAUAAGCUCUACUGCCUCCGGAGAAUACACGGUUUCAGAAUGACCAACACACAAUGGAUGGUCCUUGUUGACAAGUGGAAGAAACUGCAGCAUUCCAACAUCGUCACUCUGCGUGAAGUCUUCAGCACUAAAGCCUUUGGAGAACAUUCCACGGUGUUUGUCCAUGAUUUUCACCCCACUGCCUUGACACUGAUGAACAGACACUUCACAGGCCCAGGAGCUCAUGCCAGUAAUGGCUUUAGUGGGGGAGGGAAUGCCUUUGGUAAGGGGCAGCACCCCAAGGGUGGCUUCAUGGACCAUCAGGGCCCACACCAUACAGGUAUGAAUGGUCCCCAGCAACGCACUGGUCUCCUGCCAGAGAGUCUGAUCUGGACGUACAUCGUCCAGCUGUCCUCGGCCCUGCGUACCAUCCAUGCUGCUGGCUUGGCCUGCCGUGUGAUGGACCCCACUAAGAUUUUGGUCACUGGCAAAUCCAGAUUACGUGUCAACUGCGUCGGCAUCUUUGACGUCUUGACCUUUGAUGGUGGCAACAACCCUUUGGCUAUGAUAUCUCACUACCAGCAAGAGGACCUAGUAUCUCUUGGUAAGGUGGUGCUAGUGUUGGCCUGUAACUCAGUGCAGAGCAUCCAGAGACAGCACAUACCAGCUUCCUUGGAUCUGGUCGCUCACAACUUCUCCAGCGAUCUCAAGAAUCUCAUCCUGUAUCUUUUGACUACUCAGCCCAGGCCUCGGUCCGUCAAUGACAUCAUGCCCAUGAUUGGGGCCAGGUUCUACACCCAGUUGGACGCUGCACAGAUGCGAGGGGAUGUGCUGGAGGAAGAGGUUGCCAAGGAGGUGGUCAAUGGGCGACACUUCCGCCUUCUGUGCAAGCUGGGGGUCAUGAAUGAGAGGCCCGAGUUUAAUGGUGAUCCCACUUGGUCAGAGACUGGCGACCGUUACCUGUUGAAGCUGUACAGGGAUUACCUCUUCCACCAAGUCACAUCUGAUAGCACACCUUGGAUUGACAUGGCACAUAUCGUGCAGUCACUGAACAAGUUGGAUGCUGGGGUGCCAGAGAAAGUGACACUGAUGUCACGUGAUGAGCAGAACAUCCUAGUGGUGUCGUACACCGACCUGAAACGCUGCUUCGAGACCACCUUUGAGGAGAUUCAGCAAAGUCAGAGUGCUCCCAUUGAGGAGGUGCCGCAGUAGGAACCUGCCUGGAUCAUGGCUACAAGCCAAGGUCAGGUAGGCCGGAUGGCUUGUCUGUGUGCUUCCUUAUGGGAAAAAACCUCCAUAGUGGAAGCUUUGCUCCUCUUUCCAUGAUUCCUAUGGAAAUCAGCAUAGCACAGUGCACGGGAAAUUUUUCGGGGAAAAAGUUGUUUUCCCUUAAACUCUUACAGUGUGAACAACACAUACGUGGAUCCAUGUGAGAGGAAAUCCUUGUACAGAUACAGAAUUUUACUUCAGGUGGAUCAAGAAUUUCUGAAAGGAUGCUCCUUUGAAGUAUUUGCACAAAACAAACAAACUGUUGGAUUUUACAUGGAUGGCAGAAUAGGGAUCAUAUGUGUUUCGGCAUCUCCUUUGAUAGACACUGAGAACAGUGUUGGAAAAUAUACUGCCAGGAAUUUGUGCAAGAUCUGCUGAAUUUCUUUCUAGGCCCUGGAAAUGUAUUUUGACUGUCAGUGCAGAAAUAUAAUUCCAGCUUUGGUUGGCAUGGCUAAUGAGGACUUGAUUGGUAACUCACUGGACUGUGGAUGUCAUUCAGACCCGUGUUAAGAAUUUGUACAACUUCACUUCCACCAAAAGGAUGCCCGGGAAAGAGCGAAAGAGUGGUUUAAGCACCUGUAUAUUGGCCGCAUCUUCUGGGACUUUUUAUGAGUUUUAUCAAUUAAUUUUUAAAGGCCUUGGCCCACAUUUUUCCAUUUGCUGCUGAGAUAACAUAUUGUAAGAUACUAGGAAAUAUGAAAUUUUGCGUUAUUUGUAAUUAAGCGUAAUCUGAGGAGAUAUUGAAAUCCCGCCUUCUUGUAUUUUACUACAUUCAAGCAAAUUUUUUUUUUGUUUCCCACAAAGAAGAGAUUUGCUUGAAACAAUUAACUGGGGCAGGCUACGUCCCCAAAGAGUUUUGUAUGUUAAAUACCAUGCCUGGUGGAGAGAUCUUAACAGAUUUUGACUGCAAUCUUGGACUGGAUUUAAGUAUGAACGAAAAAGGAAGAAAGUGCUCUCUGUGUUGGACAAAGUAAGGAACGAUGGCAUGUUGUUUUUGUUAAGUGCCUACCGGUUGACUUGUACAGCAGGCUUGUAUAGAAAGGAGCACAGAGUGGAGACAGCAGUGAACAUUGGAGUAUGCUGUUGCCACUCUUGAGUCAAUCCACUGCCUCAACAGUGGGUACUAUCAAGGAAUUAUUGCAAAACUGGUAGCAGUAAGCCGCAGGAAUUUUCAGUGGAUCAAACGCAUUUGUGAUAUAUGUGAAAACAGAGUGAAAUAUUGUGCAUCUGCAACAUGUUAGAAGUGUCCUGAUCUUGACUGGAGACACGCGGGAGUUCAGGAUAUUCUGCACGGAUGCUUAACUGAGGAAUGUUGUAAGCUACAUGUACAUGAAACAUGGACUAGUGCAAAAACCAAGGAGAAUCGUAAACCGUAAGGCAAAAAUUCCAGAGAAGAGAUUGCAGUGUUUAACAGGAAAGUUUGAUGACUUUUAAAGUUGUGACAUUUAGGAUCACCUGGUUUUGUUCUUCCUACCCUCUUAUGUGGACUUCUUAAAGUGACGAGAGCUUUGGGUAAGAAACCUGUGCUGGUGAAUCGCUGGUGCUAUACAACAUCAGUGACUGCAAUGCUGCAGGUAUUUUUGGAGGGUGCAGAGUGGCACUGUUGCAUUUGUUUGCCGAUACAGAGUGUUGGAGAGCUGACCAGUUUCAUCACUCGCAUCCUUUGGGAAGUGAUGACUUUCAAGAAGGAGGUUUUACUAUGGAGAUCAGAGAGUUCAAAAGAAAAGGACUGGCUUGUAUACUGAAUGUAACCAAGUGUUUAUCUGCAGAUUGCACAGCAUAAUGAUUUUCCUGAUCAAAUUUGAUCAACACGUCUAAGACAUUGUAAACCUAUCCAGUGUCCCGAAUGAAAUAUGUCUGCUCUCCACAAAGCUACUCUUGAAGCAAGAAACAGCCAUCAGAGAGACUCAGAAGUGUAAAUAAACUUUUUAAGAGGAAAGUGCCGUACUACUGAAGUACUGACUGUGCAUUUGCAAAACGCUUUUAAGUAAAUAAAAAUUUAAAAACACAGAUGUUGAAAGUGCCGCAGUACCAAGGAAUUCAUAGUACUGAACCUGUACAAAAAGAAAAUGAUAGUUUUGGUUUUUAAAAGUAAUAUUUUUAAAAGAGGAGCCUUUCGUGUAAAUGGGAAUUUCUUAAAUUGAAGCAACUGCUUUUCUUUCCGCCCUGUGUGGAAAUUUGUAAAGACCCAGCCAUGUGCUUUUGUGGUGGAAUGGGAAUUAGAAUUUGGUUGAAAGGGCGCAAAUCAUCUGAAUGUGGUGCAAUACCAUUAUUCUACGUCAAAAUAAAUUCUCUGUCACAAGUCGCAUAUCUCGGCAUACUGGAUACAAGCUUUACCAAGUUCCCCUUAACUAUAAAGCAUGUCUUUGCUCAGUGGUUUGUCUGAUAUUGGCGCAUACCAGUAAAUUAAUGGAUCAGUGUACAGUUUCAACAUGAAGCAUUCAUCUAACUUUCUGCCGGGGAGCCCGGUUUCAGGCACCAUGUGUUUAUACGCGUGGUCAGGUCUCCGAAAUCGUACAAAGGAAAUUGGGCCUUGUAACAAAAGACCAUUCUCAGAACAAAAGACCAGGCUUCUGGGCAUUACCAACAUUUUUUCACUCUC